CACCGACCGGAAGUAACCUUUCAAAGGUUGUAAUGGCAGCGCCCAGGCGAAACUCGUGUAAAUAGCAUUUUAGAAGGACUCUCGAGAACAAUAUCAAAAAUGGCGUUCCUGGGUGCCGUGCGGCAGAACAUGCAGUACAUUGCUGCAGUGGGCGCCGCCGUGCUGUACGUGGGGAAGGUGUAUCCCCAGGUGUGGGGAAUCCGGCGCUACCUGGAAGCUGUGCAGCUCUACAAGGACGGGCUCCCAGUGCCGCUUGAUGCCGACUCUAAGAGAAUCGGACAAGAGAUUCUGACCAACAUGAAAUUGGAUCCUGUCUCCGAAGCCAGUGUCCGGUUCUUCACCGUUUAUGGACAGAACCUUCUCAGCAAGGGUUCUACCAGUACCAAAGAUGGCGCCAUUAUUGGUAUUCCCAUCAACUUCACAUACAAGUCAACAAGGGAGAUUGAAAGAAACAAGAUUACCCUGAAAAAUGAAGCCAUCGAUUGGCACUCCGACUCUGGAUCCUCUCUGCUAGACUCGUUGAUUUUCAGUGAAAGUGCACGACGUUUUGCCGUCGCUCGAGAACUGACAUCCGUCAACACGUACCAUGUGCACACACAGGCCAUACUGCUCUCUGGAUUCUUCUCAAUUGCUUAUUGCACAGGUUUUGUGUUUAACAAAGUUACCAAUUUCCACAAGAAGGCGCCGUUACCGGCAAGAAUGGUUGCCUAUAGUUUUAUCGGCUUUGUCGGUGUGACCUUGUACUAUUUAGGUCUGGACACAUAUAAUAACUACACAGACCGAAAAAUUGAGAGACGGACAGCAUCUCUGGGGAGGGACUAUGUGGAGGGGGGAAUUGAGUACUACAGCCAGCUGCUGAAGAGGAACGUUGCUCUGCGGUCAUUGAUGAAGGAGGAGGGCCCAAAGAUAUACACAGCGUACGGAAACACAGUGCACACGUGGCGAAGUCCCCAUAUGCCGCUCUCGGCAAGAAGAGACAAUCUGCUGGCAAUGUUGAAAGCUCUCGAUGCAGAGAGCAAGACUGAAAAGAGUUCCUAGAACUGUGCAUAGGAAAUUCAAUAAAUACAUAUAAAUUAUAUAAAUAAUUAUAAGUGAUUUGGCUUACAAUAAGUUGUUUGUCAGGGUAUCAGGCCUAUUUCACCCGUUUAGCAGACACUAUUUUUCAUAUAUGCUGUUGCAAAAACUGUCUGAUGCCUUUGACAGUGAAUGAAUUUUAAUUGUAUAUAAUAAGGCAUUUAAGAUCAGUGCACCCAUGGAAGAAAUCAAACUUUGUAGAGACAGUUUGGAAUCAUUUGAAUAUACUUCUUGAUAUCU